AUCCGAGCGUGCCCGACGUUCACAAAAAGUGUGCAAGGCAAUGACGUAGAAGAAAAACUGGACUGCGCACUCCGCAAGCAUCAUUGGUUCCUUCUGGUCAGGGCAAAAAGAGUAUGUCCAGUCGGUGGCGCUAAUCCACCACCAAGCGAGUUUGGACAACGCCAAUCAACCCGAAGGGGGGCCCCGGCGGCCGUGGGAAAGCCGCUCCAGUCGUCUCGAACUCGCUAAAAAGUUCCUUUGCCGGACGUCAUCGAUACAAACAAGGAAGAAGUUCAAGUUGGACAUGGCGUCGUCGACAGUGGAGCUCGACGGCAGCGUCAUGGAGGGCGGCGGCCAAAUCGUGCGAGUGGCGGCGGCGCUGAGCUGCGUCGGCGGCUCGCCGGUCACGAUGUGCAAAGUGCGAGCGGGCAGGAGCAGUCCGGGACUCCGGCCUCAGCACCUGAGCGGUCUUCAGCUGGUUUCUGACAUGUGCGGCGGCGUCCUGCAGGGCGGCGCCGUCGGCUCCACCGACGUCAGCCUGACGCCGGGAAAGAUUCGAGCUGGAAACUACACAGCGGACACGCGCACGGCGGGGAGUGUGUGUCUGUUACUGCAAGUGGCGCUGCCGUGCGCUCUCUACGCGGACGACAUCUCAAACCUGAUCCUCAGAGGAGGAACCAACGCGGAAAUGGCGCCACAAAUAGACUACGCCGUCAACGUCUUCAAACCAAUCGUGGAAAAGUUUGGAGUCCAUUUUGACUGUGACAUCAAAAUGAGAGGUUUUUACCCAAAGGGUGGCGGCGAGGUGCGCGCGGCGGUGCACCCGGUCAAAGAGUUGCAGGCCGUCACCAUGUUGGAGAGGGGAAACAUCGCAAAGAUUCACGGGAGGGCGUAUGUGGCCGGGGUUCUGCCUUUCAAGCUGGCCAAGGACAUGGCGGCGGCCGCCGUGCGAACCAUCCGCAGAGAGAUCAAAGAUCUGUACGUCGACAUCCAAGCGGUGCAGGAGAAGGAGAAAGCGUACGGCAACGGAAAUGGAAUCAUAAUCAUUGCAGAGUCACGCACAGGAUGUUUGUUUGCGGGCUCCGCGCUGGGCAAAAAAGGGGUGUACGCUGACAAAAUUGGCACGGAGGCGGCGGAGAUGCUGCUAAGAAACAUUCGUCACAACGGCUGCGUGGAUGAAUUCCUCCAGGACCAGCUGAUCGUCUUCAUGGCCCUGGCCAAGGGGACGUCUCGGAUCCGGACGGGGGCCGUCACCCUCCACACCCAGACCGCCGUCCACGUAGCCCAACAGAUGACUCAGGCAAAGUUCACAAUAACCAAAUGUGAGGAUGAGCUCGGCGUCACGUACAUUAUCGAAUGUCAGGGGUCAGGCCUCAGCAACCCAAACUUGUAGCUCCGCCCUCAUGUUUGUUUUUCCAACUGUAAAAUUCAAUAAAUGAAUGAAUCAGC